CAAUGCAUGGCGGGAGUAAUCUUAAGCUCUCCCAAAAUGGCUGCCAUCGGUCGUGUGUCUGCCUUGGCGAACCUGAAAAAUGUUGCUACACUGCAUAACUUUAGAGGAACAAUUUGCAGAGUAAUAGCCUCAGGAGUUGUGAGGAAUGGGUGUUGCUCAUUGCAACUUACUCGGAGUAGAUAUUUUACAAGUUUUAAAGGUGUUUCAGAGGUUCGAGUCUUUAGGCCGGUGGCAAUUCAAGGGGUCCGCCAUUAUGCGGAGCUACCUGACCUCACAUUUGCCCAAAUUGAAGAGAGGAUCCUAGGAGUGUUGAAGCUCUUUGAUAAAGUCAAUCCAGACAAGCUAACGUUGGAGAGUCAUUUCAUCAAUGAUCUCGGUCUCGACAGCCUUGAUGUUGUAGAAAUCGUCAUGGCUAUUGAAGAUGAAUUUGCCCUGGAGAUUCCAGACAACCACGCGGAGAAGUUGUUCACACCGAAAGACCUGGUGGAAUAUAUAGCAGACAAAACAGAAACAUUUGAAUAACCUCUGUAGUUUUCCAAGACUUUAAAAGUUGCAUUACUGUUGUGUGGGAACACCUUCCUAAAAUGGAGAAACUUCGGAUGGAGUGACUGGAACAAAUGACCACGGCCGCAUAGCCACGCCCAUCCAAGCAACCUGCCACACCCUCCUGGUCAACAUUUACUACGUGCGGAGUGUGUUCCUUGGAAGUGAUGAUUUUAAGUUGCGCACUGGGCACAGAGCCAGUUUCACAGAGCUAUCCGACAAAUUGGUGACACAUUCAAAUGCCUUGGGUUGGCCUCGUGAUUGAUGUACUUGGCUGCGGUCGAUGCUCAGUCACGUGCUACUCGGCAGCAGUGUCACCUGUAUGUGUCACAGCUCUUUGGAAAUGGCCCUGUAUCAGGAAACACCAGUGGAGAAAAUGUAGACAUUGUUGUAAUGGGUUACUCAAAUAAGCGUAACCUUAAACUGGUCAGAAUUUCUGUCAUUUCCCCUUCCUGGAUUUGUUAAGAGUGCACGUCACUGCUUUAUUAAAUUACUUUUACAAACUUGAUAUGUAAACUGUUUUGAUUAGACAUCUGUUCAUCAAUUGUCUAUGGCUUUAAAAACUGAUACGGAAAUGGCAUCUGUGUGAGGAAACAAGUAACACGUGCCCAUUUUGACUUAGGACAACUGAAAAAGAAGUGUUGUCCGGUUUCCUUUUCUCUCUGUAAACUUGUUGCUAUCUGGUCAUAAGGGCUGCUUAGUUCUUGUCUACAGUCGAAAAUGCAAGGUUCAUAGGAUUAAUUGACCUCCAUUUAUUGACGGAAGUCAGAACUUUCUUAAGCUGAGUAGCAGCACAUUGCAAGCCAAGCAUACUCCUGAGUCAUUCAUGUUUUUAGAUGUUCCACUUUCACUCCAAAAUCCGAACCCUGUAGAAGAGAAAUGUAAUUAAGUUGACAGUUACAUGUAUGUUCGAUUGUGAUCUCCACACCGUUGACUUAAUCUCUUAUGUGUUGUGCAGAUGAAGAUUGCAUAAAUAAAAAUUGGCAGAGAAUUUGAUUGAUGAGAACACGUAGGAGUGCCAGUUGGAGACUGGGUGUUUUUGCCUGAAGUGAUCAAGCUUGUUUCAAAAUUGGUAGUAGGGUCUAAAAGAUGUACAGUUGUUGCUUUGGCGCUUGCAUCCAACUUCAUGGUGGUGUUAAGCUGAAGUGUAUCGCGGUUAGAGCAACAACCUUGCUUGAGCCGGUCAUGAGCAACAAACAGUACAUGGCAUUUUGCUGUUGGUUUGCUCGUGUUAAGCAAAAUAUUAAAUGUGCUUAGCAGAUUUCUUUCGGCUUAGCAUCUCUUUGAAGCCUUGCUGUGCCGUUGUACAGCCCAAGCAAACCCCAGCAAAAAUUGUUUCAUUUGAGUGAUAAGUUUUCUUCACACGAAGUUGGACCCUCUCAUCAUCAAAACAUUGUAGACUAAAGUAUCGUCGUGUUAUGGAGUCAACCCUAUUAAAAUUAUUCCCGAUUUAUGUUACGCUGGACCCGUUUUUCGUUUUUCAAUUAAACAUGAAUACAGAAUUGUUAAAAAAAAACA